UGCUAAAGUGAAUUUCUCUUACUCAGGUCUAGGCCACAACUCAAAAUGACUUCAUUUAAUGCACCAACUGUACUGAUGCCGCUUGACGAAUACUACGAUCAUUAUGUGAACCCAAAGCCCCAUAUACCAAAAAGCUAUCCCGGAUACAGUGGUCGAAAGCAACGGCAAGCAGCUCAUCUACAAUCCUACAGGGAUGACCCCGAUGACAAUGAAGAUCAUGACGACGAUGACGAAGAUGACGAAGAAGAGCAGCCGCAGCAGCAGCAAGUUGAUGAGUAUGAUUCUCCCGUGGAUGAGUCCAACCAGAAUCAAAUUGAGUUUGAAACUAAUGAGUUUAAUCAACUUUAUAAAGACAUCGAUGAUCCAAUGGGUCCAGAGCAAGCAGAAACAACACCCCCUACUUCGACACAGUGGCGAAUACAUCCCACUAAUGUCAACAGGCCACCGGGCGCUGCUCCUUUGGUCCACAAUAAUGCUCAUGGUAAAUCAAAAAUGCAGCAACACGGAUCACGCCUCAAUCGCCCUGGACCUGGGCGCUUUAAAAAACAGACAAAUUAUAAAAACUAUUCUAAUAAUAAUCGCAAUAACUCACGAAUCUCUGUACAUGACCGUUUGGGAACCAAUUGGCAACGUGGUCAGCGGCGAAACGGCAACUUUCUUAACCCGAUCAAUAAUAGCCAAAAACUAAACGUUAACAUGAACAACAACAAGAAUAAUAAUUGUAAUAAUAAUCCACAGCAGCAGAUCUUCAUGAAGUUAAACACUCAACUUGAGUAUGGUCAGGCACCGCUAAAGGUGACCGCCGAUCUCAGUCCGAAAAAAAGCCAAGGUUCAUAUUUGAAUGGAGGAAAUUACAAAUUAAAUAGUUAUCCGAGCCAAAACUGGUGCAGUUCGAACUCGAUAACUUCGCUGACAAACUCGGCUAACGACGUUCAAAGUAAUAGCCGCGCUUUAAUUCAUAAUAAUAUAAAUGAUAAUUAUCAAGCUGAAAGACUUAAUCUCAAUAAUAACCAAGUUGAAAAUAAUUUGGGGCAUGUUGCCCGCGUCACUUCUAUCAAUGAGCCGGCUUUGGACAAAACCAACGAUGGGCAACUGCAACCGAGUCUGAUUAACCAAAACAGUCAAUUGAAGCAUUUAACGGCAAAUUCGGGCACAGGUGCUUUGAUUGCCUCGGACGCAGUGCGUCUGAUCGAUCUGCAGAACAACGGACAGAACUUAAAUAUAGCUGAGGUGGCCAAAAAUGCCAUGCUGUUAUUGAGCCAGGUCUUUCACAAGCCCUUGCUGAAUGAGAAUGUGCAGCAGGAGCUCUCCUAUCUGCAGCAAAACGGUCUGCCUGAAGAAUCAACUGGACUGGACAUGGAAAUAAGUCCUCAAGUCACCAAUAUGAGGAUGCACCAGCGCUUCCAGUAGGUCUUCAAUAAUACAAUUUAGAGAGUAUUUGUGCUCAUAGUAGCAUAAAUUCGUAAGACAAAAUGAAAAAUAUUUAUAUUUAAAAGUCUAACGCUCAAGUAUUCGUUCCAAGCGAAUGGUAAAAUAAGAAUGGCGCUCUAUGUGAAUAGUGCGUAGGCGUUGUGGAAAAAGAAGAGAACAGCUCCGCGGUGAAUGGCAACCAACGCACACUGGUACAACUGAAAGUUUAUUUUAUUUUUGUAUUAUUAUUUUUCGGCUGAUAAGAAAAGGCCGUGCCGCUUAUCAGCAAUGCACAACAAGACAGAAAGAGAGAGGCAGUGCGUGAGAGAGAGGGAGAGAGAUGUGAAGCGAAAGCGUACAAAAAUAUAAGCAAACCGCGAUAAGUGACGGGCAAAGCGAAUAUUUUUAUUAACGCAGAGAUGUGUUGACGAUUAGGAAAAAGCAAACUGAAAGCAAAAACAAUCAAUUAGUAAAUCUACUAAAGGCUUACAACGUGGAUGUACAAAAGUUGCAAAUGGAUAACGAUAACGUUUCAGUGUGUUAAUUGAUUCACUUUUAACUACGAAAAUAAUUAACCUACAAUUACAUUUAGUAAUAAAUACAACAAAUGAAUAUUAAAAUUAGCAGCUGUGCGAGGAAAGCGUAGAGCGAUUCUUAAGUUUCCUUAUUACAUUCGAUUUAUAUUCAACAUUUAAUGUAUAAAACCGAUAAAUAAAGAAUUUUCAAUAACUUGAGUGCAUAAUAUA